CUGUUACGCAGAUUGUUCGUAUCGUUCGUGUCCGCCGCAGUGCCGCAGUGUGAAUAUAGUGCUCUCUGCCCGCCGCUCGCCGUCGUUCUGCGAGCUGGAUUCAAAUUCAGUACCCAGCACCAGUACCACAAACAGAAUCAGAAUCACAAAACAGAAACGUAUUCUCGGAUUCAGAUUCAGAUUCAGAUUCACACCCAGAUACUACUUGCUGCCGCCGCCUCUGGUUGUUCACUCGUGCUUCGUUUUCGCAUCUUCCGGAUAGAGCUGCUCCUCCCGAAUACAACUCCCAGUUCCACCAGUUCCACCGAUUCCCAAACGAUUCUCGUCGAGCCCCCCGUCGGAUUUAACGGAUUUACGGUGCCCAGUAGCGCCUGUUGGCCAACUAACUCGAGUUGGCCAGCUCCUUACAGCCGUCGGCAAGUGUGCAACGCAGUGAAAAUAACCAAUAACAAAUAGCUAAUAAAAAC